AUGUUGAAGCUCAAUAUAAAUAAUAGAAUCGAACCUCAGGAUAUAAUUGUACGAUUAUUAGAAUAUAUAAAUGAUUGGUCAUACACAGCAUUAUCAAACAUUGAUAUAUGUCGUAUGAAUGAAGAUGAUAAAAAGCAAAGAAUCAAUAUUCUCUUAGAUAAUCCACCUCGAUCAAGUUUCCGACGGACAUUUAUUGAAAGCAUAUCAACUAUAAGCCGUUUAUACGGAUUUCUUCAUGAUGAAUUAGAUGGUGAUGAGCGAUAUUUGAAAUGGCCGCUUGUUUUUAUACCUGAGUCGCCUCCAUCAGAAAAUACUGAUUUAUGUGUCGGUCGAUUUUUAUUUAUUAACGAGGUAGCAUGGGAUGAUCCAACACAUUUAUUGUCAGAACCCAUUCUUAUCAAACGAUUGUAUCCAAAUUUAGAAAACUUUUUCAGAUAUGUUUUAAAAAUCCCAUUGAUACCAAGUUCUGAAUGCUACUUAAAAAUAUUAGAAGAGAUUUCAAAAACGAGUGUAACCGAUCAACUAGCAGAAAAUGCUUGGCAAGUGUUCGAAAACUUAUAUAAAAAUGAUUAUGAUAAUAUUCUUCAAUUAUUUCGACAUCGGUCUCUUAUACCAAGUAUGACUAAAUAUGGAUGGAUGAAACCUGAUGAUGAGCUAUACGUUCCUGAUGACAAAAUUGUAGCACAAUUAUUUGAAUCAGAACGAUUGCCAAUUAUUAAACUACCUGGUAAAGUCAAUUUAAAUUAUAAAAUUUUUCAAUCUAUUAAUUAUUGAAUUUGUAUUAUUUGUCUUUCAUUUAGAAAACGGUUUGACUAAAAAUGGGCGAAUAUUUCUUGGGAACCUUCGAUACAUAAACUUUUCUGAGGCAGUGAAAUUCAAUGUAAAUGUAACGAAUGAAAAACUAUCUGAAGAUUUGAAACAAUUUUAUACGAAAACUUUACCAUACGUUUCGAGUUAUUUAUAUAGUGAGACAGACAUGUUCGAUGAAUCAUACGAUAAGCGAAAAUUAAGUGAAAUAUUUUCUCAAAUGAAAUUUUCCAAUGUUGAUAGUAUUCAAGUGACGUACAGAUACGAAAAAAUGUUAUUUAAUUAUGAUUAUGACUGUUAUGUUGACAAAAAGUCUAAAAGAUUCUAUUUAUUAAGCAAAUAUCAUUAUUCCUAUAGUAUUGAUACAAUGAUAAAAUUCAUUAUUGAUGAUACAGUUGCAGAAUGUCAUCAUAAACGUGACAAACUGCAGAAGUAUUAUAAAAAGUUAUUAGGCGCCUACACAAAGAACCAAUUAGAACAAAAUAUAGUCGAUGAUCGUGAUUCAUUAAAGCCAAUUUGGAUAAUAGAUAUCGACAAUGGUGAUGAAAGCAACGAUAGCGAAGAUGAAGUCAAACAAGAAGAAAAUAUUAAUCAUCAGGACUCAGACACGGAUAUUGUUCGUGACUCAGCACUAGCUGAUAAACUGCUGAAUGAAGAAAAAAUUCUUAUACCGAAAUCUAAACAGAAGACAACCUCUCAACCUACGAAUACUUCAAAUUUGGAUACCAAUAUCAACAGUACAAUAAGCAAGUCCGCAGGGCAAAAUAGCACUAGUAGUGAUGAUCAAUCCAGAAAUAAUCAAGAAAAUGACCAUCAUAGAAAAGGUAUUUUCUUUAGUAGAUCAAUUUUGUUUUUCUUGUUCUAUCAUAACUAGCGGUACGCAAGCUCAGCUCACGAACUCCGCUCAAAUGAGCGAAAGAACUGUUCGAACAGCUCAUUUGAACGAGCCGAACUUUUGAAACAGCUCAUUUCACAUGAGCUGAACUGUUCGAACAGCUCAUUUGAGCGAACCGAACUUUUGAAACAGCUCAUUUUAUAUGAGCUGAACUUUCACAACAGCUCAUUCGAACGAACUGAACUUUUUGUAGGGGUGCCCAUAGGCUCUCAAGAGCUACCCUAUAGGGGUGCUCAUAGGUCCUUCAGGGCUACCAUACAAGGGACUCAUAGGUCCUCAAGUCCUGCUGUAGGGCGAUACCCUUGGGUCCUCAAGUCCUACUGUAGGGCGAUACUCUUGGAUCCUCAAAUACUACUUUAGAGUGACACCCUUGGGCAAGGGGGUAAGUGCAGACGCCUAGCACCCAGCACCUGCUCAGCACCUACCAGCACCUACUAGUACCUACCAGCACCUACCAGUACCUACCAGUACCUACCGGCACCUACCAGCACCUACAGCACCUACAGCACCUACAGCACCUGUUCAGCACCUAUACUGCAUUUCACUAUGAGCACCUACGGCACCUUCAGCACCUGCAAACAUUGUUUCAUUAUCUUAAGUACUUAAGACAAUAGAAUAGUUGUUGAAGAUGCUGAAAGUGCCGUAGGUACCGUAGAUGCUCACUGUGGAAUGCGGUAUACGUGCUGAGCAGGUGCUGGGUGCUGGGUGCUAGGUGCUGGGUGCUGGGUGCCUGCACUUUCCCCCUUGCCCUUGGGUCCUCAAGUCUUACUACUGGAAGGUACCCGAGCGGGUUCAAAUUUUUCCCUUGUUAUGAGGGCAAGUGAUGGGUAUCUUCGGGCCAAUCAUAGGGUUAUCGAGGGUGCUCUAUCGAUUGAUUGGUAUAUGUAGGAGUACCCACCCAUCCCAUCACUGAGAAAUAGAAUCCUGCCAUAUGAUUGGUCCAAAAAUAGACCAAUCAGAUUUCAGGAGUCAUUUUUUCUCUUAUUUUAUGGACAACGCAUAGCCAUGUUCGGGCCAAUCAUAGGGUUAUCGAUGAUGCUCUAUCGAUUGAUGGGUAUAUGUGGGGGUCCCCACCCGUCCCAUCACUGAGAAAUAGGAUCCUGCCAUGUGAUUGGUCCAAAAAUAGACCAAUCAGAUUUCAGGAGCCAUUUUUUUCUCUUAUUUUAUGGACAAAACGUAGCCAUGUUCGAGCCGAUCAUAGGGUUAUCGAGGAUGCUCUAUCGAUUGAUGAGUAUAUGUAGGGGCUCCUACCCAAUGCAACACGGCGAAAAUACAGCUUUGGCAUUUGUCCUUGAGGACCGAAGGGUGCCCGUGAAAUAGGAGUUGAGGACCCAAGGGUACCUCCCAAUAAUGGGACUUCAGGACCCAAGGGUAAUGUAACGACAAACUGGAUUGAAUAGCUUUUCGCCAUUCUCGGCAAUGAUGUUUAUUCAGCUAUUUCACAUAUCCAGAGUGUCACAACUUCAUACAUAAUACGCAUAUAUAUAGGAGAGAGAUAGAAGAGAGACAGGAGAGAGAUAUAUUAGAACAACGGAAAGAGAACAGACAGAGAAGAAAGGAGAAUCAUCGAGCCGUGUCAUCAAUAUCGGCACAGGUAACCCCAAUAAUAGGACUUGAGGACCCAAGGGCACCUCCCAAUAAUAGGACUUGAGGACCCAAGGAUAUCCCCCAAUAAUAGGACUUGAGGACCCAAGGGUACCUCCCAAUAAUAGGACUUGACGACCCAAGGGUAUCCCCCAAUAAUAGGACUUGAGGACCCAAGGGUACUCCCCAAUAAUAGGGCUUGAGGACUCAAGGGUACCCCCAAUAAUAGGACUUGUGAACCCAAGGGUAUCCCCCGAUAAUAGGACUUGAGGACAUAUGGGCACCCCUAUAGGGUAGCCCUUGAGAACCUAUGAGUCCCCUAGAAAUAGUUAUGUUCGUUCCAAUGAGCUGUUCGAACAGUUCAGCUCAUUUGAAAUGAGCUGUUUCAAAAGUUCGGUUCACUCAAAUGAGCUGUUCGAACAGUUCAGCUCAUGUGAAAUGAGCUGUUUCAAAAGUUCGGUUCGCUCAAUUGAAACGAACCGUUUGAGAACGCUCAGUUCGCUCAAAUGAACUGUUCGAACAGUUCAGUUCGACUCAGUGAGCGUUUUCAGCAGCUCAUUAUUUCUGAGCUUGAGCUGAGCUUGCGUACCCCUAAUCAUAACUUUAAAGUUUCUUUUAGAUUGUCCCUCAGUAUUUUUAUCCUUUUCUCCUUAUUUUAGACACUACUUCGACCUUCAUACCGGAGAAACAAAAUAUAGUCAAAUUUCAACAUGUUGAUCUCCAUGAUUUAGAGAUAUCGGAUGAAAAUGUUUUAGUAGAAAACUCUAACAAAUCAGUGGAUGAAGAAAUUCUUAAAAGAAUAGGGCGUACAGGAGAACGGUGGGUAUAUGAAUACUUGAAAAAUUCAUAUCGUACUAAAGAUAAUGUUUCUGUCAAAUGGUUAAAUGAAACUUGUGAAACAGGAUCACCGUACGAUAUUGAAAUUGAAUUUAUUGAUAACCCUCAAGAUACUCAACGAAUUGAGGUUAAAACAACUUCAAAACAUGAUGACAAUUGUCAGUUUUCAAUAUCAAUACAAGAAGUUGAAGAAAUAUUACAUUAUCCUAACACCUACUACAUAUACCGGGUCAAUUUAAGUACACGUUCGUUGAUCAUUAUAGAUGAUAUAAAACAGAAUUUAAGCGACAAACGACAACUACAAUUGCAAAUGAAUGUUUUAAAACUGGAAGAUUUUAAUGAAACAUAAUAAUUUAUUUGCAAGUAGAAAUAUUAACAAUAUGCUGUGGGGUAUAAAGUGACCCUUGUAAUAUUUAGUUUUGCAUGUAUUUUAGAUCAAAUGGGUGUGGGUGUGGGGAUGGGUGGGAG